AUGGGUGGGCUUGGACGAGGAAAUCAAAAGGCAUUUUGGGAGAAUUUGGAUGAGGUUGUGCUUGGUGUUCCGCACACUGAGAAACUUUUCAUAGGAGGAGAUUUCAAUGGCCACAUUGGGGCGAUUCUGGGGUUAUCAAGUGGGGGAGCUUUGACUAAAGAUGAACCCCAGGAGUUGGGGGAUAAGUCGCUGGCUAUAGGGCAUGGAGGAGUAGUGGGGACGCGAGAGGUAUGUGAACCACGAAAGCGAAUUGCAUUGGAGGUUGCUAGAGAGGUAUUAGCGGUCUUAAAGGGCUACUCUAUUGGUCACAAGGGGGAUUGGUGGUGGAAUGGAGAGGUCGAAGGUAAAGAGGAAGCCGAGAAAGCGAUGUAUUUGAAGCUUUUGGAGAGCGUGGACGAGGAGGAGAAGAGAAUGAAUAUGGAGCGGUAUAAGAUGGCUAAAAAGGAAGCAAAAUUAGCGGUUACGACGACGACGAAGACUGUAGCGUUUGAACUGUAUGAAGAACUUUAG